AAGGAGCUCAGUCUUGUGCGCUCCCUUUCCCGGCCAACUCCACCGACUCGAACGUACUCGGGUUUUCGUAUCAGUCCCAUUUUAUUUUCGUUUUUUCGUUUCCCCUUCCGUUUCCGACAGCCGCAGGCCGCGUGUCGUGCGAGUGUGUUCCGUCCGGACGGUCCCGAAAUCCGCUGUCCGCCGUCCCGGAUGACCAAGGCGACGAACGGCCGGUUUUACCCUUUUGUCAAAAUUUUGCGUCCCAUCGACCGAAUCGCAGUCGGUUUCGGCUAGAUUUGGCGAGGUCGCUCGCGACGUGCCGAGGUCGUUAAACUCGCAGCGGCGUUGCCAAUUCGUACCCCCUCCCCGAUACACACCCACGCCUUCGACCCGAAAUAUUUUUUUUAAGUACGUGUAUCACGAGGGUUGUUAUGACGAGUUUCAUCAGGAAUCGCCGGACCAGUGCCCCGUGAGAAUCAUGUUGGCCGAGACUUUCCUCUCUUUCCUCUUGCCUACUUGACUCGAUGUUUAAUUCAUUCACAUAACGACCAAACCCGAUAAAAGGAAAAACGCGUUGCCCAACCCCCGAAAAGAGGAAGAGUGCGCAGAGUGCCCGGAAGUGUAGAUUUUUGUGCGCGGGUGUCAUGAGUUAUGAUUUGGAAUAAUGGACGCUGCGUCGGCGGCUCUUGAAGAACUCUUUGGAGAGGGCGGAGGCGGCCGGGAGGGAGGGCGGAGCAGCAGAACUUGGCCGCCGAGGGCCGAGGACGUGUCCAGCACGACGCCUCCCCCCGGGUCGCCCGCCGAUCAGGAGAGAACCCACCCGCACACCACCAAUUCUAUCCGAGCCCAAAUCGAAAUAAUCCCGUGCAAGGUGUGCGGUGACAAGUCGAGUGGAGUCCACUAUGGUGUGAUCACAUGCGAGGGUUGCAAGGGGUUCUUCAGGCGGUCUCAGUCGUCGGUUGUCAAUUACCAAUGCCCCAGGAGCAAGGCUUGUCUCGUUGACAGGGUCAACAGGAACCGAUGCCAGUACUGCAGGCUCCAGAAGUGCCUCAGGCUAGGCAUGUCUAGGGACGCCGUCAAAUUCGGCAGGAUGUCCAAAAAGCAAAGAGAGAAGGUCGAGGACGAAGUAAGAUACCACAGGGCCCAGCUUCGAGCUCAGGUCGAACAAACGCCGGACAGCUCCGUCUUCGACCAGGCCCAGACACCUUCUUCGACAGACCAGCUUCACAAUUACACUGGGUACUCUGCGUAUGGGAGUGAUGUUGGGUCUUAUUCAUACAACUAUACCGGCCAAGUGACCGCAACAAUGCAAUAUGACAUUUCUGCUGACUUUGUUGACAGUACGACAACUGCUUAUGAUCCAAGGCCGAGCAUAGACCAAAUGUCAGAAAGCAGUAUGAUGAGCGCCAAUAACGUAUCAACAGGAGGUGGUGUUGGGAAAGUUGUGCAGGGGCAACAGAGGUUGGCAAUUAAGCUGGAGUCGGAGCCGAUCAGUGAUAGCAUAGUCAACACUUUCGUAGACUCGACGACUUCAAGACAAUCGGAAGAUGUUUCACCGAAGGAGUCGGAAUCAAACUCAAAUUCUUACACAUCCUCUCUCAUAGACCCUGCGCAAAUAUCAGAACUUCUGUCUAAAACCAUCGCAGAUGCACAUGCACGCACUUGCCUCUAUUCCAUUGAGCAUAUUCAUAACAUGUUCAGGAAACCACAGGACCUCUCGAAAUUAAUUUUCUAUAAGAACAUGGCACAUGAGGAAUUGUGGCUGGAGUGUGCACAAAAGCUUACAACUGUGAUCCAACAAAUAAUAGAGUUUGCAAAAAUGGUCCCAGGCUUUAUGAAGCUCUCCCAAGAUGAUCAAAUUGUCCUAUUAAAAGCUGGGAGCUUCGAACUAGCAAUUUUAAGAAUGUCCCGGUAUUUUGACUUGAGUUCCGGUUGGGUACUGUAUGGAGAUACGAUGCUACCUCAGGAUGCAUUUUAUACAACAGACACAGCAGAAAUGAAACUUGUUACACUCGCUUUUGAAGUUUCAAGUGGUGUUGCAGAGCUCAAACUCACCGAGACUGAACUUGCCUUAUACUCAGCAUGUGUGCUAUUGUCAGCAGACCGCCCUGGGUUAAAAGGUUUAGCAGAAAUCGGAAGGCUUGGGCAAGCAGUUUUACGAGCAUUAAGAAUCGAACUGGAAAGGAAUCAUACAACACCUAUUAAAGGUGAUGUCACUGUCUGUGAUGCCUUGCUCGCAAAAAUUCCAACUCUUAGGGAGUUAAGCAUGUUACAUAUGGAAGCACUUGGGAAAUUCAAAAGAUCAACACCACAUCUAGAAUUCCCUGCCCUUCACAAAGAGCUCUUCUCUGUAGAUAGCUGAACUACAAACACUUUUGUUUCAGGCUUAUCACCUUGCAAUCAUUGAUGACAGACACCAUACAGGAUAGUUCCCAGCCAAUGAUAAAACAAGCACUUGACUGCAUAUACCAACCCUAUGAAGAAAUUUAAUAUAUAAAUAUAUAUUAAUAUUUGAAAAUCCCUCAAGUGGCUGAUUGUGUUCAUUAACAACUUGUAAAUAAUGUUGUUAUGUAUGUACAUUAUAAAUAAUCAAAGUUCAUCGACAUUAUUGUAUUAUAUAGUUUAAUUUAUUGAUGUUAUGUUUGCUUUUUUAUUGUUAUGUUCUAAGUAUUGAUUAUCUUUUGUAGCUCUAUCUUAUUAUAAAUCAGAUGUAUCACCUCACCUCUUAUUUCUUUAAUGAAACUUAAGCUUUAAAUAGAAUAUUAUUAGGGAUUUUUGUAAAUUACUUUUUAUUAAACUGUAACAAUUAGUAUUGACACAAACAUUUGUACAUACUUAACAUUGUUAUUUACUAUAGUUUUUGCAUAUAUUUCUCUUGAGGGGAGUUGUAAUUUUUGUGGAACAAAUUCAUGACAAAUUUAUUGAAACUUGUUUAUUUUUUAAGAUAUUUUAAAAUAAGUUAUAGCCAAGGCUACUGAAGUGUCUCUUAUACUUGGGUUGUAUAUUUAACACCUAAAAACUAGGACUCUGGUGAAUUACAAUAUAAAUGUGAAGGUGAUGUCUGCUUGACAAAAACUCAAAUAUAUAAUUUUAAAGUUUAAUUAUGGGCUCUACCAGAAGAACGAUUGAUGAAAAAUGUAGAGAGCAAGAUUUCUGAAAUGUAAUUAUAUGUACAAACAUUGUUUUUAUUUUAAUAAUUGUGCAUUAUAACAAAAAAAUGUACAAUCUAUAUAUAAGUGAUACACACAUUAUAAUUAUAAAUUAAUUUAAUUAUUGUUAUUAAUAAUAUUUAAUUUUAACACAGGAGAUGGGACUGGGAUAUGUACUAACAAUAUGUUGACGUAUGUCUACAUAGAAGUUAAGUUUGUAAAUGUAAAGCUAACGUAGAUUGAUUUUUUAUUUUUCUAAUGAAAAUUCUCAAAUUUUUUAAAGUGUGCAUAUAUUUUAAAGAUUUAUGUCUGUUAUAAAGUGAACAAAAAUAUUUAAAAAUAUUGAAAAAUUGAGAAUUUUCUGUUUCAUAGACACAGUCUGAAAAUAAAUAAAUAAAUAAUUAUCCAUUCCAAGAGUGGAGAAAAAUUAGAAUUAGAAAAAUAUAUAACAAAAAUAUGUUACACACUUCUUUUAUUCGGAAUUAUGGAACUUUAAAAGGGUAAACAAGAUGUUAAAAAUGAGAAGUCAAAUUUCACGAGCUGUCCUUUCAGUUUCAUGUUGUGAUAAGAAACUGUGGUUAACAUUUGGGAAGAUUAUUAUAUUUUAUUACAUAAAUAUAAGUAGUAUGAAUUGUUAUCGAAAGGGAAAUAACCGAAAUACGCAGGAGAGGCAUUGUGUUAAUGAUCGAGGGUGCUAUGUAAAAAUGAAAUAUAAGUUUAAUGAUUGAA